AGAUUUAGUGGGCAGUCUCCCCGAAGCCUUACUGUACAUGUGCUAGGAUCCUGCACAGUAAAAGCAGCACCAGCAGGACCAGCCUGAGCCCACCUGCAGAGGGCCUAGUCAAUUAGAACAAUGCCAGUCGUCCUGUACACCUGUCUCCUCUGGCUCUCCAUCAGUGGCCUCAGUACUGCCAAAAACCACAACUCCUUCACUGAUGAGAGUUCAAGGAGCCCUCACCGAGGCCUGGCUCCCAUCAAUACUGACUUUGCCUUCAACUUAUAUAAUCGCCUAGUGAACUUGAAUCCCAACAAGAAUAUCUUAGUCUCCCCCGUGAGCAUCUCCAUGGCCUUGGCCAUGCUGUCCCUUGGACCUGGGGACCAAACAGGGACCAGGCUUCUCCAGGGCCUGGGCUUCAACUUUACAGAGGCAUCUGAAGCUGAAAUCCAUCAGGACUUCCAGCACCUCAGUCGCCUUCUCAGUCAGUCUGACAUGAGCUCGAGUAUGAGCUUGGGCAACAUCAUGUUUUUCGACCAGAACCUGAAGCUGGAAGACUCCUUCUUAGCAGCCAUCAAACACUAUUAUGGGUCAGAGGCCUUUGCCAUCGAUUUCAAGAACUGGACUCAAGCCAGCCAGCAGAUCAACACGUAUGUCGAGAGGAAGACACAGGGAAAAAUUAUGCAAGUGUUCUCAGACCCGAGUGAUCUGGCCCCCUUCAUGCUGCUCAACUACAUCUUCUUCAAAGGCAUGUGGGAAUUUCCCUUCAGCCCAGAAAAUACCAGAGAGGAGGACUUCUAUGUGAACGAGACCACCACUGUGAAGGUGCCCAUGAUGGUCCAAUCAGGCCUUAUGAGUUACCUUCAUGAUUCGGUGAUCCCCUGCCAGCUGGUACUGAUGGACUUUGUGGGAAAUGGAACUAUCUUCUUCAUCCUUCCAGACCAGGAUCAGAUGGAGACUGUCACUGCUGCACUUAGUCGAGAUACAAUUAAGAGGUGGGACAUGCUUCUGACCAAAAGGCAGGUGAACUUACACAUCCCCAAAUUCUCCAUGUCUGACACCCAUGACCUUAAAGAAGUGCUUGCAGAAGUGGGCAUUGUAGACUUGUUCACCGGCCAAUCAAAUUUCUCAGGCCACACCCAGCAUGACUCCAAGGCAUCAAAGGUGAUCCACAAGGCCAUGCUGCACCUGGAUGAGAAUGGUGUAGAGCCUGUUGCCACCAAAAGGGCUUCCCGUUUCGGGAGGUCAGAGGAACUCAACAUCAACUUCAACAGGCCCUUUAUCAUGCUGAUCUAUGACGAUUUUACGUGGAGCAGCAUGUUGAUGGGCCAAAUCAUGAAGCCAGCCUAAGAGUGUGUCGGGAGAAGCCAUGGUGCCGUUGGACUUUGGGGGCACAGAAACCUUUCACCAAUCUUCUCCCCAGUCCACCCAGGUGUUCCUACUUUUAGUUAUCUUGUAAUGCGUAGCUGUGGUUGCUACUCUGGAGGCAAGUCACUGAAGAGGGAGCACGAAGAAAGAGGUAGCCAUUAUUAAAGGAUGUUUUUGCAACUCUGGAGUGUCUAGGUAGUUGCAUCCUGAUGAGGGCUCCCCUCUUGAUUUAUAUGUAGGCGGUGCCUUGCCACUGUCCCAACAUGGAGGAAAGGGCAGAGAUAGUUCUCUAGGGUCUUUCUUAAGGGUACUAAUCCUAUUCAUGGGGGUUCCACCCCUACAAGUUCAUCACCUCCCAAGAAACCUCUAACGCGAGGUUUCAAAUACAUCUGGGACAUUCAGUCCAUAACAGGUAGGCCUUCCACAAGUGGGGCGGCUGCAGCCAACAAAACCAGCCCCCUCUCUGAUGAGAACAGGAACACAGGGACCUCUUGGAUCAGUCACAGGUCCAGAGUACAGUCUGUACAGGGAGGCAUGUGGCUUCAGAGGGAGUCUGGCCUGAGACAGAGCCCAGCCAGGAUCACAGAGCGGUCCCAAGAGGAAACUAGAAUGCUCUAGGAGGGUGGGGGAGAGGGGCUGCCGACUUGUGCACACACAGUGGAAGGCCUGUGAGCAUGAGUGGCACAAAGUUAUCAGAGAAGGAAGCAGCCGAAGUGCAGGAUGUUCUACCACUUGUUGGUUCUCCAUUCUUACACACACUGAUGCGAAGCCUCAGGGCUUGGUCAGUCAGCUAUGCUGAGGCAGUUGCUCCCCUCCUACCCAGAGUGCUCCCAUGUCGGCCAUGAGCAGGACAGUUUCUCUUCCACUGUGGCUGUGGGUUUGGUUUUGUUUUCUUUUUUUUUUUUUUCAAAGAACAAUCAAACCAAGUUCAUAAAUUUCCUUAAAUACA